AUGUUGGAACGGCAAACUCAUCGCGUCGCGCAUGAGACACUAGGCGUUUUCGUCCUCGUUGUAUGCGUUUCCAGCGUCACGGCGUUGAGACGAGUGUUAAAUGAGGCACCUCCCAUCUUCGACGGCGCAACGGAGCUUCAAAAGGUUCGCGAGGCUCUUCGAUCGGCGGGUUACACGGAAUUCCUCGAACGGCUGAACAAUCCUCAGGUAUUGAACGUAAUUCGACCCGCGCUGAAUCACUAUCAGCUCACCAUAUUCGCCGUACCGAAUCACGCGAUUCUCGGUGCGGCAAACGGUACCGCCGUUCCUCCCGGCUGCGCCCGUGCCGUGUCGGCGACGAGACGAUCGGGGUCUCCUUCCGACCUGAUGGGUUCCAGCAUGUCCCUGCACAUCGUUCUCGGCCACUUCACAGCAGAGGACAUUAUUGACUCACCUGAUGGCACGAAGUUUGGAGACAUCAAAGGCUACGAGUCAAAUUAUGUGAAGAGUUUUCACACAACCAGCAGGGACAGAAAGGGCAUUUUGAGAAAGCAAGUAUUGCUUACAAACCCUCACGUAGGCAGCAGACGAAUCCCACUGAUCUCCCCUGAUUUGUUUCUCGACCAACACGUGUCCAUUCAAGGACUCGAUGGCAUUUUCACUGCCUUCAGUGAAGCCAGAGCAGGGGGGUGGUAUGGUGUGAAGCGGGAUUCAAGACGAGUGGAAGAUAAGAUUCUUAUCCCUUCAAUCAUGCUGGGAGACAGAAGAGGAGCACCAUCCCGGAGGGGAAUGACCGUGCUCGGGAAGAUUCCUGCCGUUCCAAAACCAAUCAACCUUCCCAGUCAAAAGCUUGAGAACAAAGGACUCGACCCAUCAGUCGCACUUGUCCCACGAGGAAGCCUCACAUGGGGAUCUAACAAGCCCAGUUCUCCCUCAGCGUGGACCGUUCCUGAAUCCUCUCCACCCGCUCCUCCGUCCGCAUGGAAGCCGCCUGGCGCAGAGCAAUCCCCACCGCCUCCUUCCGUCUCCUCUUGGCCUCAGCCCAAUGGAAACCCAUCUCCUGUCAACCGCUCCCCUGUCCCUCCGUAUCCUCCGGGGCCCUCAUCUCAAGGACCCCCUGGUUCUGGACCGCCAGGUCUGGGGCCUCCAGGUCCGGGAGCGUUUCCGAGCCUGACUUCUGACCGUAGGAGCCCCGUGCCUGGUGGUCCGGAUUCGGCGUAUCAGCAUCAGCCGCAGCGGUCGCCGCACCACGAGGGGGAGCCUGGCGCAUCUGGGUACCCGCAGUGGGCUGGACAGGGGCCAGGGGGCCCGCGCGAAGGCCCGCGUGGGGGACCGUACGGGGGGACGCCGCCAGGCGGUUCGCUGCGGAGUUCGCCUAACCCGUCUGCGUGGUCGACCUCCACCGACCGCCAUGGCGAGUCGGAUGGCAAAGGAGGGCAGUUUCAUCUGUCGGCGGGAGAUUUUCCGUCGCUGGGGUCCGAACAGGCUAAGCAGCAGGAGCAGCAGGGGCAGCAAGGCCAACAGCAGCAGCAGCAGCAGCAGCAACAGGGACAGCAAGAGGGGCCGCGUCAUCCGAAUGAGCAGGACGGCGCGGGGUAUUACCGAGGGAGGGACGACGGGCAGGAGCACGGAGAGCACGGGCAGCGUGGUGAAGGGCCCAUGGGGUGGGACCCGGGCAUGGGGCGCAGGCCUGGCCCGGGGUCGGAUCAGAUGAUGCCUGCGCGCUGGCAUCCGCACCCGCCCGGCCCCGGGGGCGCGGGCUUUGAGGAUCUCCCUCCGCACGGCAUCUGGCCCGCGCACAGGGCGGACCGUAUGCCCCCCCCUCCUGGGGACACGUGGCACCGCGGCGGCCCUGAUGGUGACACGUGGCGCCAUGGAUCUGGUGGGAGCGGUGGGGACGGGGGUGGCGGAGGUGGAGGCGGAGGAGGGGGGGCGUCGUGGCGGAGGGGUGAGGUUGGGGUUGGGAGGUCCCCGCCUCCGCCGGGUGCGGGCGCGGGGGGGGAGAUGUGGCGGGAGAGGGGUCCGGAGAGUGAAAACUGGCGCGCGGGGGGACCAGCGGGAACAGGACCAGGCGCGGGUGGCGCAGCAGGAGGGGGAGGGCCAGGGGAGAACUGGCGGGGGCCGCCAGGGAUGGCCCCGCCAAUGGGGUAUGGGCGCGGGGGGGGACACCCGAUGUACCGCGGACCAGAAGGCCCGGAGUUUGGGUUCGCGCACGCGGCGGGGCGGGGGGGACCUCCGCCUGGGGGCAUGUACGACGGGCCCAUGCGCCCGGGGGUGAUGCCCCCGCACGGCUACGGCAUGCACAUGGAUCCGCGGGGAGGGGGGAGGUUUGGCGCGCGGUAUGGCCCGGGGCAUGGGCCGGGCGCGGGGAUUCCGCAUGGCCCGCAAGGAAGAGGCGCAGGCCCGCAGUUUGACAUGCCCCCCGGAAUGUUUCCCCCUCCGCCGUUUGACCAUUUCCAUGCGCCGCUGGGGCAGGGCCGUCCACCUUUCCGCCCCAUGGGCGCGCACGAGUUUAUGGGCGCGGGGCGGGGAGGCCCACAAGGGUUUGAUGGGCGCGGAGGCAUGGCGCGGGAGCAUGCGGGACGCGGGCAUGGCCGUCCGCCCAUGGAGCCGUACGGUCCGCGCGGAGAAAUUGGCGCAGGGGAUGGAUGGCAGGGGCAGCCAUCUGCGCCGGGGGCGGCGGACGAGGGGAAGCGGAGGGGAGGGGAACCCGGAGAGGAGCAAGAAGGUCGUGAGGGGCAGCGGAAAGGGCAGGAGCAGUCGCAGCAACAGCAGCAGCAGCAGCAACAGCAGUCCCCGAAGGAGCAGCAGCAGCAGCAGCAGCAGCAGCAGCCGCAGCAAGCUCCGCAGCCGCAUCGACCGUAUCACAAGGAUCACCACAUUGGGAUCGACUGGGCCUCCGCAGAGAGCGAAACCAUGGACUUUUCAAAACCCGCGUUUGAGGAUGACCCGUUUCUGGGUAGAGCACCCGAGGGGACCCCGCGCGGGGCAGAUGGGGGGAAAGGGGAGCAGGGGGGCCGGGACACUGGGAGGGGCGCGGAAAGCGCUGGAAGAACGCAGCCGGAGCAGGUGCGCAUUUUGAAGCGGCCGGAAGGAGGGGCGGCGGGCGGAGAGGGGGUGGCGCAAGGGGGUAGUGCGGGCGCUGGGAGUGCAGGCAGUGGGGGCGCAGGUGUGGCUGCGGGAUCUGGUGCCGGUAGGGAUACAUUUGGGGAAGCGCAGUCUGCUGCAGGCGCAGGGAAAGGAGCAGAAAAGCCCAAAGUUGCUGUUGCACCCGGACGGAUUGGGUCCGAGCAGUUGGCAUCCGGACAGGUGGCAUCUGCGCUGGUUGCAUCUGGGCAGGGGGCAGCAGUGCAGGCGGCAGCAGGUGGGCAGUCUGGUCCGAGCGCAGGGCUGGUGAGGGAGACCCUCGCUAAAAGCCCGCGCCCGUUCAGCCGAGGCCCCCUGCGGUCGCCUCGGGAUGUGCCUCAAAGGAGGGCGUCUCCUGCUCCUGAUCCCAGUGCCGCACCUGGUUCCGCGCCUGCUGGUUCCGCCGCUGCCGUAUCUGGUUCUGCGCCUGCUGCUGCUCCUGCCACGAGCUCUUCUGCUGGUACUGCGGCGCCUGGAGCCAGUGUGGGUGAGGGAGGCUCAGCGACGGGGGCAGGGCAGGCAGCGGCGGGAAAGCAGAUCCAGGCAGGACUGCAGGGUCCGGCGAGUGGUAUUGCUGCUGCUGGCGGAGCUGGGGCGGGGCGGGGCCGCGGGCGCGGAAGAGAGCAAGGCAGACUGAGGAGCGCGGGGGCGGGGGAGGCGGACGGUCGCUGGACCCCAGCGCGGCAGCAGGGGGAGGCUCAGGGCAGGGGGGAUGGGGGCGCGGGGAGAGGAAUGGGCGGAAGGGAGGGGCCUGUGCAGGGGCGGAGGGGGGUGAUUGGAAAAAUUCCGGAGAGAGAAGAGCAGGGGCAGCAAAGAGGGGGGUCAGGGCAGGUCGGGCAGGUGGGUACAGGGGGGAGUGCGCAAGGCGGUGUGCCAGUGCAGGGAACUGUGCCGGAAGCUUCUAAUGCAGGGGAAGCAGCUGUUUCUGCUGCUUCUGGCUUGGCACUGAACUCUGCUGAAGGGGCAGUGGGAGGUGUGGCAGGAGGGGGAGGAGGAGGAACAGCAGCAGCAGCAGCAGCAGCAGGUGGAAACGUUAAGGCGGAGCCGCUACUCCCCGCGCCCACGUCCGUUCCGCGGAUCAUUAUGGGUCCCCCAAUCCCCCAGUUCCUCGCCCCUGUUGGGCCUCCCCACGGGAUGCGCCAUCCGCAGUUCUUCCCCCACCCGCCCUUCCCCAUGCAGCACAACCUUCCGCCUAACCUUCCGCCCAACAUGCCCCCUAACGCUCCCCCCGGCGCGCGCCCCCCGUCCUUGCUCCCCGGACAGCAGGUGCUGCCUCUGCACCUGCUUCCGCCAGGCCAUGCGCCCCCGCACCCACCUCCGCCUGUCGGGCAUCCGCACUCCCAUCCCCAAGCGGCCCCGCUUCCCCAGCAGCAGGCGCAAGCCGCCAAAGACAGCCUUCUUGCGCUACCCGCGGGAGGGCCCGCCGGUUUCCUCGCGGGGAUGCCUGCGCCAGGGGCGUGGGGGGGCCCUGGGGCACCGGGGGGACAUGGGGGACCGGGGGGAUCAGGGGAAGGAGCAGCUGGAGUGCAGGUAGCACCUGGGCAGGCGGUAUCUGUGCAUGAGAGGGCCAAGGGAGGUGCUGGGACGGGAUGGGGCGGGGAGAUUGCGGGACAAGGCGGGGCAGGGAGAGGAGCAGCAGAAGAAGGAGUGGGAAGCGGUGGAGUGGUGUCUAGUGGGGGAUAUGUGGAGGCAGGAAGCGUUGGCUCUGCUGGAAGCUCGAGAAAAGAAGGAGUGAGCGAUGGAUCAGCAGGGGCUGUUGGGGCAGGGGCUGUGGCAGCAGGGAGCGUGGGGGCAGCAGGGAGCGUGGGGGCAGCAGGGAGUGUGGGAGCAGGUGUAGUGAGUACAGGAGCGAAAGCUGGAAAGUCAGCUGUAGGAAUUCCCGCUGGUGGGGCGCCAGUGUGUGGGGCAGCCGCUGGUGGGGCGCCAGUGGGUGGGGCAGCCGCUGGUGGGGCGCCAGUGGGUGGGGCAGCCGCUGGUGGGCAGGUGGCAAGGGAUCUGGGUGGCCAACGGGGAGCAUGGCAGGGGGCGCCUGGCAGCGUCGCUGCUAUAACAGGAUGGGGGAGCAGGAGCGCUAGGGGGAGCAUCCGGAAAAGGGGGAACAGGAGCCAAGGGUUGAUCUCUGCUGUGCUGGAGAUUAGGAAGAGUGUUGGCACGUUCGAGAUUCGAUGGGUGUCACAGAUAGUAUUUCUCCAUUUCCGCAAUCCCACCCACUUCACCCACCACUCCCGCCAGUUCCUAUACAGGGAUUCCCGUCACCGUUCCCUCUUCCCCCCGCCUUUCUUCGUCGUACAGUACAGCUGUGAUAAAACUGAUGACACUACAGAAGAGGCGAACAGGCCUCGCUUGGACGCGUGCCCGAUGUCAUACCAUCCACUCCACUCCACAGCCGCGGCUGCAACUGCAACGGAACGGCAGCGUGCGGAGUGUGCGGAAUGUGCGUCUCUUCUCUCUGUUCGUGAAGGCCAGACGGGGAACGCCGAGCAGCAUUAUCUGCAUUGUCGAUCUCCCUCUCUGCAUUUCCUGCUUCACAAUUUGCCUCAUCGAUCUAGCCUCGUCGUCCGCCAUAGAUCUACGCGAAGAGUUAAAACCCCCGCGUCUGGUGGUGACUCUCGCCGCCCUCAGGGCCAAAGUGGAGUCUCUUCCAAAGAUUGGAACUCCAGAAAAGGAGAAGAGGCUCCGCGAUCUUAUCUGAUUGCGCAAAGUGCGACGGCGGGGUGUGCUUCCGGCGGGGAGACCAGUCACAAUGACUGCGAGCCGUUUGGCGGAGGCUUCGGUCGGGGAGUAAACGCAAACAGCGGCGAUUCUAACCCCGCCGGGAGGCUUGCGCUGAUGGCGCAAGGUGAGGCCGCGCAUGUGUCAAUAGCGGAAGCGGAGAGGGAAAGACUUGCGGAACCGCGGCUGGGUUGGGAAGAAGGGGAGGAUGCGGAGGAGGAGGCGGAGGAGAGGGGGAAGAGGGAGAUGGAGGUGAGGCGGAAGGACAGGCACCGGAAGGUGGACGGGCGCGGACGGCGCAUCCGCAUGCCCGCGGCAUGCGCCGCGAAGAUCUUCCGCCUGACGCGGGCUCUCGGCCAUCGGUCGGACGGCGAGACGAUUCAGUGGCUGCUGACUCGAGCGAGCCCGGCUAUCCAGGCCGCGUUGAGCUCCGCAUCGCACAUGGCGGCGCACACUGCGGCGCAGCGGCACGUCGUGGAGCCCAGCGGAAAACGCGCGGAGGGCCCACCCAACGACUGCACGGAUAUUAGGACGGCGGAGAGUCCGCCAGUUCCAGCGAGUCCCGGCGCAAGCCAGCGCCUACUCGAGGCUUCUCUCCUCGCCCUGGGCAGAGUAAGCGGACUUGACGGAAUCCGUUUGCUGACGGAACAGUUGACGGCGGCCCAGUCGGUGUUAUCUGCUGCAGCCCAGCGAGAUGCAGUCGCAUUGCUCCCCGCCCCGUCAGACCCCACGGCUGCGGCGGCUGAGCCCGUCAUCCGCGCUGCCGCAUCUGGCAGAGACUCACGAAUUUCGCCAUUGGGCGGCGAUGCGCGAGUGCAAGCACAGGGAUCGGAUUCUCGAAUGUCGCCACUGGGAGUGGAUGCUCGAAUGUGUCCGUCGGAAGCGGGCGUUCCAAUUUCGCCGUUGGGAACGGGUGCGGAGGCGCAUAACCUGGACAUUCUCACGGGCGUGGUCGACGCUGCGCCAGACGCGCGACUCACGGCGGGCGUCGUGGCGGCCGCGCCACACGCGCGAAUGGGCCCUCGAUUCGAUUCACGCCUUCCACCCUCUGGAUUGCAAGAGCUCAGCAGGCUUCCGCGGACUCGUGACGCUACUGACGCUCCGCCUGCCCAACCGUCCCCUUCGUGGCUGUUCAGAUCGCGUACCGACGGGGAAGAUUGGCCUGCGGUGGUCGCGAGAAGCCCGCAAUUCACGGCAGCGGCUAGCAAUACUGAUUCGCCCUUCAAGACGCCCUCUGCGGCGCGGCUUCUGCAAGGUCCUAAACUCAACACCGGAACUCCACGCUUUCCGCGUCACCCACGCUCCUCCCCACCGUCUCUCACACACCUCCCCACGCACACGCCCACGCUUCCCUUCGCCGUCGCCAACGCGUUCCGCCACCGUCGCUCACGCGUUCCCUUCCCUCCUGCCUUCCCCCAUGCAUCCCCUCACCGUCGCGCGCGCCCUCCUCCACCUUCCUCCACGCUUCCCCAUACCGUCGCUCGCGCCUUCCCCCACCUUCCCUCACGCGCGCCCCGCUCAUCGCCCACACUUCCUCCCACCGUCGCUCUCGCUUUCCCCCACCGUCGCCCACGCUUCCCCCCACCGUCGCCCACGCUUCCCCCCACCGUCGCCCACGCUUCCCCCCACCGUCGCCCACGCUUCCCCUCACCGUCGCCCACGCUUCCUCCCACCGUCGCCCACGCUUCCUCCCACCGUCGCCCACGCUUCCCCGCUCAUCGCCCACACUUCCUCCCACCGUCGCCCACGCUUUCCCCCACCGUCGCCCACGCUUCCCCCCACCGUCGCCCACGCUUCCCCCUACCGUCGCCCACGCUUCCCCCCACCGUCGCCCCCUCUUCCCCCCACCGUCGCCCACGCUUCCCCCCACCGUCGCCCACGCUUCCCCCCCCACGUCGCCCACGCUUCCCCCCCCCGUCGCCCACGCUCCCCCCCCCCGUCGCCCACGCUUCCCCCCCCCGUCGCCCACGCUUCCCCCCACCGUCGCCCAUGACAGGUGGUGGUGCGGCUUUGGAGCAGAGUGUUGGGCGCCCAGCCAGGGCAGCGCGUGCAGGCGGGCAGCAAGCAGUGCAGUGCUGCAGGGGGCGGGUCGGGGGAGGCGGAGCGGGGAAGGCGGGGGUUAGGGAGAGAGGGUGCAGGGAUCCUCCAAUCCCCCUUAUACCCUGCCACACUCUUACCACCUGCCCUCCUCCCUUACUCCGUUCCGUGGGGCCCCCACGGUCGUCCUCCUCUCCCUCUCUCUUUCUCCCUUCCUCCAUCUAUCCCACACUCUCUGCCUCACUACCCUCUUUCCCCUGCUCCCCGUUCUCCCUCCCUUCCUCCUGCCCUCCCUUCCUGCCAUUCUCCCUCUCCUCAUCCUCCCUCGAUCCAGUCCCUCUUUCCAUUUCCAUCUCCUACUCGCCGCCCAUCCUCUCAUCCGCCCAUCCUCUCAUCCGCCCAUCCUCUCAUCCGCCCAUCCUCUCAUCCACCCAUCAUCUCAUCCGCCCAUCAUCUCAUCCACCCAUCAUCUCAUCCGCCCAUCCUCUCAUCCUCCCUUCCUCUCAUCCUCCCUUCCUCUCAUCCUCCCUUCCUCUCAUCCUCCCUUCCUCUCCUCCUCCCGUCCACUCAUCCUCCCUUCCUCUCAUCCUCCCUUCCUCUCAUCCUCCCUUCCUCUCAUCCUCCCUUCCUCUCAUCCUCCCUUCCUCUCAUCCUCCCUUCCUCUCAUCCUCCCUUCCUCUCAUCCUCCCUUCCUCUCAUCCUCCCUUCCUCUCAUCCUCCCUUCCUCUCAUCCUCCCUUCCUCUCAUCCUCCCUUCCUCUCAUCCUCCCUUCCUCUCAUCCUCCCUUCCUCUCAUCCUCCCUUCCUCUCAUCCUCCCUUCCUCUCAUCCUCCCUUCCUCUCAUCCUCCCUUCCUCUCAUCCUCCCUUCCUCUCAUCCUCCCUUCCUCUCAUCCUCCCUUCCUCUCAUCCUCCCUUCCUCUCAUCCUCCCUUCCUCUCAUCCUCCCUUCCUCUCAUCCUCCCUUCCUCUCAUCCUCCCUUCCUCUCAUCCUCCCUUCCUCUCCUCCUCCCGUCCACUCAUCCUCCCUUCCUCUCAUCCUCCCUUCCUCUCAUCCUCCCUUCCUCUCAUCCUCCCUUCCUCUCAUCCUCCCUUCCUCUCAUCCUCCCUUCCUCUCAUCCUCCCUUCCUCUCAUCCUCCCUUCCUCUCAUCCUCCCUUCCUCUCAUCCUCCCUUCCUCUCAUCCUCCCUUCCUCUCAUCCUCCCUUCCUCUCAUCCUCCCUUCCUCUCAUCCUCCCUUCCUCUCAUCCUCCCUUCCUCUCAUCCUCCCUUCCUCUCAUCCUCCCUUCCUCUCAUCCUCCCUUCCUCUCAUCCUCCCUUCCUCUCAUCCUCCCUUCCUCUCAUCCUCCCUUCCUCUCAUCCUCCCUUCCUCUCAUCCUCCCUUCCUCUCAUCCUCCCUUCCUCUCAUCCUCCCUUCCUCUCAUCCUCCCUUCCUCUCAUCCUCCCUUCCUCUCAUCCUCCCUUCCUCUCAUCCUCCCUUCCUCUCAUCCUCCCUUCCUCUCAUCCUCCCUUCCUCUCAUCCUCCCUUCCUCUCGUCUUCCCUUCCUCUCAUCCUCCCUUCCUCUCGUCCUCCCUUCCUCUCCUCCUCCCGUCCUCUCAUCCUCCCGUCCUCUCAUCCUCCCUUCCUCGCAUCCUCCCUUCCACGCAUCCUCCCUUCCUCUCAUUGUUUCUUACAACCAAUCAGCAACCCCAUGGCAGCACAGCACAUCUCUCUCGCACCAACCCCGCACACAUGGCAGGUGCUGCUGCAGCAUUGGAGCAGAGUGCUUGGCGCACAGCCGGGGCAGCACGUGCAGGCGGGGAGUGAGGAGCGCUGUGCUCAAGGGGGCGAGUGGAGGGGGGGAGGGGACUUGGGGGGGGGGGGGGCACGGGAGUGUGACCCUGCCGCCCUUCUUUUCAAUUGCCACCUUCCUAGCUUCCAAUCAACCGCCUUUCCGUCUCACCCACUUGUCCUCUCCCUACUUGAAUUCCUCACAUCCUCCCAUCCCCCCUUCUCCCCUUCCACCCUUCCACCCUCCAGCCCUUGUGCUCAUCCUCCCUUCCCCUCAUUCUCCCUUCAUUUCAUCCUCCCAUCCUUCUUUUCUUCCUUCCCCCCCUCCCUUCCUCCCUUCCACCCUUCCACCCAACGUCGUCCUCUCCUACUCCCUUCCUCUCUUCCUCUCUUCCACCCUCUCCCCUACUCUCUGCUUCAGUGUCUUUCCCCCCUCUCUUUCCCCUUUCCUCCCUCCCUUCAUCCCAUCCUCUCGUCCACCCUUCCUCCUUGUCUCCCUUGCUCAUUUUCUCCCUCGGCACAGUCCUUGUUCUCUGCAUCCCUCUCUGCCAUCCUCCCUUCCUCUCAGCCUCCUCACUUCCUCUCGUCAGCCAUUCCUCUGCACCCUUCUACCCUGCCACGCGACUACACUCCUACCCUGUUUGCCAUGCAUCCAGUUGUCAUGCCUUAG